GAAAGUGAGCUCUGGCGCCAUCCAGCGGUCAAACGCCGCGUCGCAGCCUGUUCUUUCUCUAUGGCGUCCAUUUAUAAGCUAGGCUUUUUUUCAUGACGGGGAUUUCCUGAGGAAGUCAGACCAAGGGGGCUUUCCAGUUACUAGACUCGGUAUCAACACCACACUGCCACAGUGGCGACUCCUCUACCUUUUCGUUUACCUUACCAGAGUCGUUUUUUAAAUAUUCCGAUCUGAAAAUGAACCGAUUCGUUCAUGUGGCCGUUGUUGCCCGUUUGAGAAGCAAGGACGGAGCCGUGGCCGCGUAAAUUUGGACGUUGUUGUCUCGAUGAGUCUGUCAUAUGAGUGGCUCCAUUGGUGAUAUUCUUCAGAGAAACGGGGUUGGAUCAUCGGACGACGUCGUUGAACAAUUGAUUCAUGUCAUGUCCGCAGGGCGUAAUGUGGAACAGCAGAUCGCACUGCAGCAGCGUCCUCCAUCUCUCGGCAUGCCCUCCAUGGCCCCGCGGUCCAGGCCCGAGCCAGGCUUCUUUCCCGUUCAAGGCGGCUUUAGGGACCACUUUGUUACAACGCCAGAGCCAAAGUACCGCUGCGAGUCCUGCAGGCUAGUGCUGUGUAACCCUCGGCAAACUGAAUGUGGACAUCGCUUCUGCGAGACCUGCAUUACAGAGCUGCUCAGUAAGCCUAACCCAGUUUGUCCAGCUGAUCUUGAAUCGCUCUUCGAAGAUAAGAUAUUCCGGGAUGUUUGCUGCAAUAGGGAAAUUAUGGCUCUAAAGGUCUGCUGUCGAAGUGAGAAGAAUGGGUGUAAAGAACAGAUGAGUUUACAGCGGGUCAUGGAUCACUUGGAAGUUUGUCCGUAUUUCGAGGUGCCGUGCCCCUUGGGAAAAUGCAAGGAGAAGAUGAUGAGGAAAGACAUGUCCGAGCACCUCAGCCGUAAAUGCAAACACAGAGAGAUCACCUGUGAAUUCUGCAAUCACAAGAUGGCCCUCACUGAGUUACAGAAACACAAAGAAACCGUUUGUCCAGCUUUUCCUGUAGCAUGUCCUAACCACUGCUCCUUUCCAUCCAUUUUGAGAAGCGAGCUGUCCAGCCAUCAGAACGACUGCCCGAAGGCUCAAGUGACGUGCUCUUUUAUUCGCUAUGGAUGCUCUUACAAGGCGCUGAAUCAGGAGAUGAGAGAACAUGAGUCCGGUUUUGCGUCGGAGCACCUGAGAAUGAUGGCGGUCAGAAACACCACACUGGAAGCCAAGGUAGAGGACAUUAAGAGCGAGCUGAUGGAGCGCUAUAAAGUUCUGCCGAGUCUCAGCAGUCGGCUGGCGGAGGUAGAAACACAGUAUGAGGAGAUGAGAGAGAAGAACAGACAGCUGGAGCAGAAGAUAGCCAGCAUUCAGAUGUUGAUGAGCACUCACUCAGAGAAACUGCUUGAGGUUGAAAUGGAGCUGAGAGAGCUUCGUCCACUGCGAGCUUUAAGGGAGGAGGUGGAGGCUUUGAGAGGGUCGGUUGAAAGCAUGCGUACCAUGGUUUCUUCUCUGGACUCGGGUCGGGUUGGAUCCAGUUCUGGUCCGGCACUGGGCUCUUUCGAGCAGCGACUGACACGCCACGACGACAUGUUAAGCGUUCAUGACAUCCGCCUGGCAGAGAUGGACCUGAAGCUGCAGGUUCUAGAGACGGCCAGCUUCAACGGUACACUCAUCUGGAAGAUCCGUGACUACAAGAGGCGGAAACAGGAAGCCGUUGCCUCCAAAACUCUCUCGCUCUACAGCCAGCCGUUUUAUACAGGAUACUUUGGGUAUAAGAUGUGUGCCCGUGUCUAUCUGAACGGGGACGGAAUGGGUAAAGGCACGCAUCUCUCCCUUUUCUUUGUGGUCAUGCGCGGGGAAUACGAUCCAUUGCUGCCGUGGCCGUUCAAACAGAAAGUGACGUUGAUGCUGAUGGACCAGGGGCCGGCUAGAAAACACUUAGGUGACGCCUUCAAGCCGGACCCCAACAGCAGUAGCUUUCGACGGCCCAACGGCGAAAUGAACAUUGCCUCGGGCUGUCCGCUCUUCGUGGCUCAGACCGUCUUGGAGAACGGAACUUAUAUCAAAGAAGAUACCAUCUACAUCAAGGUGACUGUCGACACCUCCGACCUGCCCGACCCCUGAUUUUAACUUUAUUUGGUCCGACCACAGUAAAGUCACAUGGCGCUCCUGGGCCGAGGUUGUGGGGCGAGGCUGACAGAGGAGAAACCCAGAUACGUUUGGGUUUCAAAUAUAUAGUUUGAGCUAUAGGCCUGUGCUAUUGAGAUGUUGCGCCCCUUGGGAAACAGCAGUGCCUUGCUUGGACAGGUUGUUGUAGCAUUUCAAAGGAGGUUUGUAAAAAUGUCCCCAUGCCUGCAACAUCUAAGGUGCAGUUUAGAGAAAGAUAUUUAAACUCUAAUAAAGCAAGAGAAUGUCAAUGUAUUUGGAGCUACAGAACGGAGAAAUCGGAUCAAUAGCAUGGCGCGCUUGGCAAACAACCAGCCCUAAAUGAUAGGAAACCGUUUACGUCUGCCAUGUUCGCCUUCAAUGAGUAUGAAUGCAUUUCGAGGCUAAUACUCCUCUCUCGUAUAGGUUGUUAGUUUGGAAGGUAACCGUUCAUGUUUAGUAACCAUGAUGAGUUCUGUAUUUGGUUGUAUCUGGUGGUUUUUGGUGGUUUUGUACAAUAUGCAAAUAAGUACUUGAGCUAACAUCUGUUGUAAGUAUUGUGGUGGUGUCAGGAACAGUUAAUGUGGAGAGAAGUUUUAUGACGAGGAAGUUUUGUUUGUUUGGGCAGAGGUGGCCGUGUUUCUGUUUUGUGUAGUUAUUCUAAAGGACCUAACUAUGGAGCAUUCAUGAAGGACUCUAUUGGCACUAAACUGGGACCCCGCAAGGGGUUCCUUUGUCAAGAAGCAAAACCUCAGUUUUUUAUGCAUGUAAAACUAUUCUUACAUGUCUUAACCUUCCCUGCGUUUACCACUUUGACACAUUAUUUUACGUAAUGUUAUUAUUAAUCGAUGCUGUGCAUCAGAUCUAUUGUCUUUUGUUUUCUAGUAUUUUAUUAUGUAAAACAGUUUAUAAUAAUGCCUUUAUGCUCCCAGCAAUGCUGCCAGAGACACAUACAGUAAUCCAGAUCAUUUUCAUGGUGGGGAUGGUUUUUGCACAAUUAUUGUUUGAAUGUGUAUUAUAUGUAUGAAUAUAUCGAUAUAAAAAUGAUGAAAACAUG